AUGCUGAGGCGGAGUUCAUCGCCUGGGGGCACACGUCCAGGCAGCCGGAGGCACAACAACACAAACGCCUUUCUCCAGAAUUCCCUUAGCUUUAGCGUGCAGGACCGCCGGCUGAAUACGCGACUGCUGAAAGAGACGCAGCGCCGCAAGGCACAGCUGCUCGGAAUGACGCGGCACGAUGUUGCGCGUCAGCUGUACCGGUACACGGUGCCGCCGUCCUCAAUCAUGGACGAGGGGCGCCACAGUAGGCCCAGCAGCGGGAAGAGGGCAUCGCAUACCAAAUCGGCUACCAGCGGUAGAAAGACAAUGUCUGGGACUGUCGCAGAUGCGAGCAGUGCUGUCAGUUCCCCUUUGGGCAUCCAUUCAGAGGCGGGGGAGCCCUCGUCUUCCAGCAGAGACUCCUACUCACGCUGGAAGGCGCAGCGCGCCCAAAACUUGCAGAAAAAGGUCACGGCGAACUACUCGCUGAACUCGCCAACCUCUCCCGGUGAAGGCGACGAGCGGACCGACUCAGUGCUGUCGGUGCCGCCGACGGCGUCGUACGAGGAAUGGCUUUCAGCUGGCUGUCCAACAGGGUCGUGGUCCGUACUGUUGCUGGAGGAGGUGUACGCGCCGUUGGAGGCGGAGCGAGCCUUUCUUAUGGCCAUGUACAACCCAAAAGAAAGUUUUCAGUCGUAG